GAAGUAUGGGGAAUGUACUGCGGGAGCACUGCGGAGAUGCAGUUGAACAAAGGCUACUACCAACAACUACUCAAACAAGUCAAAGUAGCACCACCGUCUCAGACUAUAGAGGAGAUUGAACGCGACCUACACAGGUCGCUGCCCAAUCAUCCUGCAUACCAAACUGAGCUUGGGAUCGGCACUCUGCGGCGUCUUCUAAUCGCAUACUCCAUUAGAAACCCCAUAGUCGGAUACUGCCAG